AUGGACGAAGUCGACGUCGCUCUGCACAUUGAACCACUCGUUGAUGCUGUCAAAGACCUGAAGGAGCAGCUCAACGCAUUCGCUGUGGCACUUACUGCCAAAAUAGAUUCUCUUGCGGACAUACUGACUCGACGAGCUGAAAGUCUCAACCAGAAAGUGGAACUGCUCCUGGAAAGAACGCAGCCACGAUCUAACUGCAUAUUCUGCCCAAUAAAUGACAACAAAGAUUGCCACCCAACGGGGAGAUGUUGCCGUUAUCCUGACGCUGUAUCGCGAGCUGUCCGAGCCAACAAUCUCGGACUCUGUAACCGAUGCCUACAACCGAGGCAUAACGAAGACUGCGGUAUUCUCUGCACCUACUGCGGAAGAGAUCACAACGUCUUACUAUGCCCCAACACGUUGUCUCAUGCGACCACUUCGGCAAAAAGAAGGAAAUUCUAA